AUGUUCAAGCUUUCCAAAUCGCGAUUCAGCACCGUCGCGUCCGAUGGUAGCUCUCGCAUGUCAUCAAUACAGAGUAUGGACCUGAAAAGAGAUUCAACGGAACCAAAAUGCAGAGAGCUGCAAACACAGAUCCUAAAUAUGUGGCGGCGAAUAUGGCUCGGUCUUUAUCAGCUUCACGACAAUCAUGGGCCUUACCAUGUGGAAAGGUUGACACAACUUUACUUGGGAGCAGGCAUGGCAGUUUCCGACAUGAUCAAUAAGCCGGAAGACUUAUAUGGACGUUAUAAAACAGAAAAAGCCCCGUUGGGUUUGUUAGGCUGCGCACUUGCAAGUCAGGGUAUCAGCCGGCUCAGGCUAUUCGAAGGGUUGUCAGUGGAGUCACUCAAAGCGGUCAUCCAACUUCUAGAAUCAUACAAACAUGAAGUUGCGGCAUUAAACGAGGUUUAUGAGCUCUUGCGUAGUCUCCAGGUCGGUUUGCGGGAGACCACGGAUCAUGAUGAGAAAGCUGUACGGGAGCAUUAUCCACCGCUGGCAGACCCUCUCGCUCGACGGCUCAUACAUCUUGAUGCUAGAUUAGAUGUGCUUGUGUCUGAUUUGGAAGAUGAACAUAUCGAAGCGUUUGGAGAUUCGACUGAGAGGAAUGGGUGGCUAGUGAAAGAUAGAGUCUUUCCUAAGAGAAACUUGACGUCGACAAAACUGUCGCAGUAG